AUGCCUAUCAAGAAAAUAAAACCCUACCCUCUCUCUCUCUCUAACCAUCAGAUAGCAUCAGAACUUCCUCUUUACUUUCUCUCUCUGGUCGGACUGGUCCUACCCUAUCCUCCUCAGCAUCUCAAACUAUACUCCCAAACCCGCCGUUACCUGAGCUUUCUCUACAUGAAGAUGAGAAACAAAGGUAAAAUAUACCCAUCUCCAUCUUCUUCACCAUCUCCUCCCUCAUACUCUCCAAACAGAGACGCUUUGUCUGUUUUGAAGCUCUUACCAGCUGCUAUUCUAGCCCUAGCCUCAGUUCUCUCUAUUGAAGACAAAGAAGUUUUGGCAUAUAUGAUAACAAGGUCCACAAACCCGUCAUCUGUCAUUGAAGAGAAGAAGAAAAACAGCAAGAAAUCCAAUACCCACAAGCCUCCUGUGUUUGAUUGUGAGUGUUUCGAUUGUUAUACUAGCUAUUGGUUCAGGUGGGACUCUUCUCCCAACCGUGAGUUGAUUCACCAAGCCAUUGAAGCCUUUGAAGAACACUUGAACAACGGCGAACACUCGAAGAAAAACAAAAAUAAGAAGAGAGAGAAAACGUGUCGUCGUGCAAAUGAAAAAGUGGCGUCUGUGUCGGACACACCCGUGCCGGAGAGGGAAAAUGAUCUGCCGGAGAUUGAAGAAAGUAUUGCACAGAUUAUCCCCAGUAAUGAGGUGUCUUCGCUUGAAAUAGCUGAGAUGGCAUCGGGAAAUGAAGAAGAUGGGAUUGUUAUGGCUGAAGAUAACUUCCCGGAGGAGAUGGCGGCGUCACCGGAGAUGGCGGUGGUUGUGAGUGGUAGCACAGUGAACAAUCACAAGGGUUUGGCCAGAAAGGUAUUGCCGGACCUGUUAGGGUUAUUCAAUUCACGUUUGUGGAGUCUUUGGAAUCCGAACAUGUGA